AUGGUGCUUGGCCAAGCAGAGGCCGGAAAGCGAGAAGUUGUAGUUGCGAAACUGAUCGUGACAUUUACCCCCGAUUACCCAAAUCAGAACGGCUCGGCGCUCCAGGCAGAGUGGCCGCACUUCGUCUUCACCUGCCACUUCACCUGGGAGGCGGGCUGCGUUGUGGCCUUCCGGUACCUGAGCGGUACGCUUCUCGGCGACAGUCGCUGGAAGGAUUCGACCUCGGGCACGAAGAUUGUGCGAAUGCCUGUCUGUCAUGCGCGAACCACAGCUAGCUUAACACAGGAGCUCGACAACGUGUGCGGCGGCGACCUUAAACUGGAAGCAGAGAGCAUCCUCCGACGACGAGAACUCGCACCGGACUCGUGUUUCAACAUCACGCUCCUGCACAACCGCACGAUCAUCACGGACAACGUCCGACUUUCAGGCCCCGAAGUGUUCCUGAACCGGCCGAAGGCGGUGAGAGCCACGCACAAGAUGAGUUUCACAGGAUGGCUUUAUCGCUGCCAGCUUACCGAGCUACAGAGGCAAAACAUGACACUCACCGAGUUCCAGAGAGCAGGACGAAGAGACGGCAAUGGCAAGCCCCGCAACAGCCGUGACAGCGUCGCGGAGCUGGUGCAGCGGUUUUGCGACCUGCCUGGGUGCACCAAGACCAAGUUGAAGCACCAUCUCGGCAGCGAUGGGCCUCUGAGCCAGUCUGACCAGUUGGCGCUGGCAAAUCACCCGCUGCGGAUGGAGGCCCGAGAACUGGCGGAUCACAUUGCCCGACGAAUCUUGGAGGAGUUUACGAUGGAGGACACAAGGGUACAUUGUCGAGUCCUCCUGUUCAAGGUGCCAUUGUUGCCACCGGACAUCGCGAACCAAUUCCAGUUCGCGAUGAGCAAGCAGGCACGUCAGCCGCAGGUCCCAGAAAAUCAAGUUCAUGCCGCUGUCGCCUGCCAGAUGGAAGCAGGGGCAGCACCGCGGGCUGCGGAUGUUCCCCUUCCGUGGAGACUCAUCGCGCCUCGCCCUCGGCGCCAUGCAGACAUCCCCUUCCCCCCGAACGCAGCAUAG